AUGAAUAUGUUGGAUGAUGAAGAUGACCAAAGCUUUCACGCUACGCGUGACGGCCACUCCCAUUUGAGCGAUGUCGAAUGGGAUGCGGCUGAACGAAUGGGUUCAACCAUGGGCAUCCAUGCUGUUAGCGUCAUGCUAGAGGCUCUCAAUAGAGAUGCCCAACAUGCUACUAUCGCCAAGUUCAUUCAAAAUGAACUUGACGCAGAACGCGAGAAAGUAGCCUUGCUCCACCAACAGGGUUCUAAACAAGCAGAGUUGUUGAGAGAACAAGGUGCUCAACAGUUUGAACUGUUGAGACAGCAGCAGGCUGCUGCUGGCGGGUCUAUGCACUCGCGUCGACCCGAGACUUUGAAGAUUGACAUCUCCCAAGUAUAG